CAAAACAGUGAAAAAACCCAAUCGAUGGAACAAAAUUUUCGUAAAUUUUGUGUUUUAAUCCCCGAUUCCCUUUGAGAUUGUCCUCGCGGAGAGGAAUUCUCCGCAAAAAUCGUCUUUCGCAGCACCAUUUAGUAUUAAAAAGUCCCCAAAAAUGCAUCCGCGACACUCCGUUGCACAGGAAAAGGAUCGCAACGAGCCGAGUCGCUUUUUUGGCGAUGGCGCAGUUUUCAAGGCCAAACUCAUCGGGAUCCUCGAAGUGGGCGAGGCGCGCGGCGACCGAAUGUGCCAAGAAGCGCUGCAAGACCUCAAGAUGGCGAUCCGGGCUGCGGGCGAGCACAAACAAAAAAUCACGAUUCACGUCACGAUCGACGGGCUUCGGUUGCGCGACGAAAAAACCGGCGAUUCGUUGUACCACCAUCCGGUUCACAAAAUUUCCUUCAUAGCGCAGGAUAUGACAGAUUCGCGGGCAUUUGGGUACAUUUUCGGGUCUCCGGACAGUGGGCAUCGCUUUUUCGGCAUAAAAACGGACAAGGCGGCAAGUCAAGUGGUUUUGGCGAUGCGAGAUUUGUUCCAAGUCGUCUUUGAACUGAAAAAGAAGGAAAUAGAGUUGGCUCGGCAGCAUAUUCAGAAUAAAAUUACGCAGCAUGAGCAUCAAGUGGCGAUCGCGGCAUUGACGAAUAAGACAAAUGACACAUCCACGACGUCGUCGUACGGGAGAAAUGCAUCGUCAGAAGCUGCGGGAGGAGCAACAAGCGCCAAAUCUGACAAAUCGCCUGUAUCAGUGGCGGAUUUGGUGGAUCUCGAACAGGAAUUGAGCUCGAUUCAGCGUGGAAUUACGCAAAUGGACUCGCAAGAGCGCAUCAUGGAUCGCCUUACGCAAAACAGCGAAAGCACACCAAAGUCAGCAACGGACAAAGAUGAUCCCUUCGGCGACUCUUUCACCUCUGUUCCAACGUACAAUCUUCUUCCGCCGCCCGAAUCCUCAAAACGUCACCAAAAACCCAAAACGGAGCACAACGAGUCACUUGCUGAACUCGCCGAAGUCCUCAGUAAAGUUCAAGCUCCCUUGGCAACAACUGACGAUUGGCUCAACACGCCGCCCCAAUCCGCUAACGACAUGCACGAAUCCGUGUCAUUCGGCGAAGAUUUAGCAAAAAUGUCGGAAAUGCAACAACAGGAAGCGACACAAACGACAAGUGGACCCGCAAGUGCUGGAAGUGACGUUUUUACGGACUUGGAUCCACUGGGCACGGGCAAAACCAAACCUUUUGUCGACAAAAAAUACUUCUUCCAAGAACUGAAAAAUCCGCCAAAGAAACUUUUGCGUGAAUUGUCAAACAGUGGCAACGAUACGAUUCAAUUUGAUGCAACUUUUGCCGGGAAUCGCGACCAAAAACUCACCUUGACUGACAUCCAGAGACUAGAAAAUGAUUUACUUGGGGCGCAACCGCAACCAGCAGUUUUUGAUCCGUUUAAAGAUGUGAAUUCGAUCGAUAUGUUUGUCGACGAUCCCUUCGCCACAGAUCCUUUUGAGACCGAAUCACCCAGCAUUGAGCUCGAAAAUCGCCGGAAAUCGACGUCGCCCAGUAGUAACAUCGCAGAAACGACAAAAGAGCGUCAAGCGAGCCCAAGUACGUUCAUCAAUGGACCACUUCAGGUAAAUUUACCGCCGGAAAAUUGGAGCGAAAGUCGCAAAACGUCGGAAUCGCCGCAAACGACGUCAAAUAACAGUAGCAGUAUCGCCCGGAACCGUCCCACAGUGCGCCAAAACAUGAAUGACGCCAUCUCUAGUCUUAGCAGUAAGAAAAUGAUGAAGCCGCCAACGCUUUUCUCGCACUCCAAGUUCGGCAAACGCGAUAGCAACAUGCGUCGCUUGCAGGAAAGUGACUCGAUGAGCGAAAAUGAACUCCCCCAAAUGAGUAGCAGCAAGAAAAGCGAUUCGCGGGACUACAAAUUGAUCGGAAGUGAUCGUCCUGAGCCUCCGCCACGCCCUGAAACAGGUUCUGGAAGCAAAUUUAUUGAACCGCCGCCACUUCCGCCAAAGAAGCAAUUUUCCGACAUCGUAAUUCGACCAAAUAGCAGCAACAGUAACAGCAGCAGGAGCGUGGAGACGACCCGUUACGAUUAUUUGAGUGGUAAAAAAUUGCCGCAGCAACAACAGGACGAAGCACCGCCACUUCCGUUGCCCUCGCGACGCUUGGGGAAGUCAGAUACGAGUUUUCCGGGUCCCGAACGUCCUCAGAAAAAACUCGAUGAUGAUUAUUUGACGCCAAUUACGAGUAUUCCGCAGUUAUUGCCGCCGCCACAGAAGAAAGACCCCUCAAAAAUGGUCCGGGGAGGUCGACGAACGGAUUACGAGUCAACUGAUUUGUUCCAAGAAACGCCCCCGGAAAAGCCGAGUGAGCCUCCGAUCACGGAAAUGACCUUGACACACCUCUUGUCGCUCGGAAUUAAAGAUAUGGCGGUCAAAUUGAACGUUCCCGAAUCGAAACUCAGCACAAUGACGAUCAUCGAACUCACUUCCUACCUUUCCAAGUUCCUCGAGACUUCCAAGCAGCAACAACAGCAACAGGACCAAACGCCCGCCAAGCCUUUUGUGUCGCCCUCGCCACCUGCCGCUGCGUUCAAAGUCAACUUUGAUCAGCCAAUUCCGCGACAUCAACCGCAAGACGAUCAAUUUUUCGCCAAAUUUGACGACAACUUUGGCGAAGACGAUCAUUUCGAGCCAGAUUUCGAGAAAUUGAACGAUUUGAAGCCCGUGACGCCGCCUCCGAGUGCCGAUCGGUAUGCCGCGUUCCGUGAAAUUAUCAUCGAACCGGAAGUGACGCCGCCCCAGAUGCAGUCGAUGAGUCCGCAGAUGGAUAACAGCCAGGAAGAGUUCUACAGCAUCAAGUCAACGACGACCUCGGCCACGGAAAAGGCUUCGGAAAAGCCCCAAGAUGGUCGUUUAUCAACAAGUUUGGAUUUCGAGAAAGCUGUUGAAGCACAAAUCAAUCGUUUGAGUCCAAAUUUGCAAAUUGGAUCGAUUGAACCGACGCCACCGCCCCCUGUCGUCGCGAAAAUUGACACAAAAAUCACCGAACAGAUCGCUAAUGCCAAAGAUCGAUAUGCAGCGUUGCGAGAUAUCAUCCUCGUCGAAGAUUUAUUCGAAAAACCGGCAAUAAAUAAUCCUCCAACGUCGUCUAGUAACUCGGAGGAGAAGGAAGAAGACCUUUUCGAGAGUUUCGACGAAAGUAAAAUCGCGAAUUUGGAACAGCAGAACCCUCAGGAGGAGGAAAAUGAGCAAAUGGCGUCGCCCGAAAUCAAUAUUUCAUCAGCAAUUGGCAUCACAGAUGCCCCAAUCGAGCCGCAGGACAGUCAGGAGAUCCUCUCAGAGCUGAAUUCGAACAAUUUGACAACCACAAGCAAUAACCGCGACGAUAUCGAGAUCGAUGAAUACAUGAAUCGCGCGAUUUCCAACUUGUCGAUCAAUAGUAGGGGCAAUUUAUCGCCUGCGGUGAGCGGAAAAUCGCCAACGAUGGCACAACAGGCGAACGCUUCGACGUCUCCGAUGCGAUUGCAAGGCACAACUUCCAAAUCUCCCGUGAGUUUGAUGUCGAACAACUUGAGUGUGCACGUGAAUGACAUGUCAACAUCCCCAAUUCCGAUUCAAAAGUCACCGGAAGUCGUAAUGGAGGCAGUUAAAGAGCAGCAGGAAGGUUCCUUGAGCGAUGUUUCGCCGCAAGAAGCGACUUUGGCGAAAGAAGAGCCCCCAACGGAGGUUUUGGAGCCAAAAGAAGUCGCUGCUGUCAAAUCGAACGACAAUUGGGCGUCAUUUGAUCAGUCCCCAUCAACGGAGGGAACGAAAAAAGUCGAAAAGGAACUUCCGAAAAAGUCGAAAAGACGAUCAAAUCGUGAUUCGCCGUAUUCGUCUGAUGAUAAAAACAUCGAGGAUGAGCAAUAUGACAGGAAAUAUUACCGGAAACCAGCGUCGUCGCGUGAUUUGAGCCCCUGGGAGGAAGAUGCCGAGUACAGACGACGUGCUGAUCGGUAUGGACCACGUGCUAGACCUCGCAUGGACUCUUGUGACGAAGACUAUGACGACGAAUAUGAAGGUCGAAUGCCCCGCAGAUCGAAAGGAGGGUCCCGUGAUGGCAGUGGCGUGCAUCCAUGGUCUCCCCCAAGUGAUCGGGAACGUUACGAACGACCCAUGUACGGACCAUGGUCGCCUGAAGAUCGAAAUUUCGAACGAAAUGCCUAUGAGAGAAGCACUUAUGGGCCUCCGCAUCAACCAAAGAGCUUAAAUUCCUACGAUCGACGUGCUGUUUAUGAAAAACAAAAGUACUAUCGUGAUCGGGGCAGGAUGGAUUUCCCCUUUGAUGACCCUUACGAGGAUGUAUAUGAAGCGGGAUACCCUCGCGGCAAGCGAAAUGACUAUGAAAACGUGUACGACGAUCAAUCGAGGUCCAGGGAAUACUUUUACGCCAAAGAUAAACGAAGUUUUGAGAGUAACGAAUCGUAUGAUUCACGCGGGCGAUACGGAAGUGGCGAAAUUUACGGUUACUCAGACUAUCGAGAUCGGUAUUUGGAACGUGGGCGCUUGCUAAAAGGCAGAAAUGCCCAAUCCAAGCCCGAUUUAGAGCAAGAUUCGGAUGUUGAGAUGUCCAGUAGACGUGGCGGAGGCUUCGAAAGUGGCAGUUUACAACGCCCGAGACCGAAACCAAUGCAAAUCGACGACGAAAUAUGGGGCGGGCAGAAACCUGGAUGGCGUCCCAAUAGCGCGAACGAACCAGAUCGACGUCGAAUUGCGAUGGGAGCAUCUCUCGCUGGCUCGGAUGGCGAAAAAGAUCGAAGAUUUCGACGGAAAAUGCGUCCCAAGGAAUAUUCGGACUACGCUUCGACGAAUUAUGCCACGAUGCGGUACCCAAUUAGGCGUCGCGGUGACGAUUAUUACGACUAUCCGCCGGAAGAUCCUGCUGACGACCCGUAUUACGCUCGGCAGAGACCUCAGUACUACAAAAGCACAACGCCACGAUCGGAAAACAGGUCUAUGGAUCGUUCUUUGGACAAGCAUCGUUACGAUUACGAAGACGAAAUGGAACCAGAAGACAGUGGAAGUAGUCGAAGAUCCUUCAAAAAAAGUAAUUCUCGUGAUUUAUUCUACGAUGAGGCACCAAAAGAUUCCUUUGACGACGAAAAAUCCCUGAAAAAGCCCCAAAAUCGGAAUAAAUUUGAAUUUAACGACUUUGAGGAUCCUCCAGUGGCGAACAAAUCGGCAGCUGCGACGACAACUCCAAGUAGCGGCGGUGCAGUUCCCGCCUCAAAGUUCAAUUUUGACGAUGGCGGUUUCGAAAGUGACUUUAAUAAUUCGCCUGUUCCGCCUCCAACGUCGAGCGGAAGUGCCGGCAACCAAAAUAAGUUCCGUUUCUCGAACGAUUACUCGGACAAAGAUUCGCCAAAGACUUCACAGCAAAAGGCUUCGUCUCUGAGGGCAGCAAAUAAUUACGAAACCACGGAAUAUACGUCACAUUCGCCACACAGCAACGCCAGUCACUCGUCAUCCACGAUGAAAUUGCGUUUCAAUGAAAAUGUCAAAGUUUCGCAAUUUUCCAGCAACUCCAACAUGUUCGAAGAUGACUUUUCCAAAGCCAACGUUGAUGCCGGCGGUGAUCAAUGGAGCAGCGAAAUGCCGCUGAAAAAAGGAAACGACAAACAGGGCAGCGGACGACAACAUGAUAACAUCAAAAAAUCCGAAUCUGUCAAUAUUUUCGCGAAAAAGAAGGAUUUUGAUCCGUUCGAGGACGACCCCUUCUUCGGACAAACCAGUAACGAAAAUAACAACAAGGACGAAAAUAUUAGUCAAAGUUUUGCCAACUUUGAUGCAAAUAUGUGAUGAUUUCAAUUUCAAACUUUUGUAUAUUGAACAUCGAUCCACUCUUAACUAUCCUUCUAAACUAU